AUGAUAAACGACAUUCGACAAAAAUUUCUUCAAUUAGUAAAGGACAUCACAAAAUUGCAAUGGGUUCGGGAAUCCCUACCUGCUCAUUCCAACUAUUAUGAGGGUUUAAAAAGAAAAUUAGAAAAACAAAUUCAACUUAAAAACUUCUCAGAAAAGGACUUUAAAAUUUAUCAAAAAGAAAAAGAUUUAAAACGUAGUUCUAUAUUCCAUCAACAGCAACAAGAACAAGGUACUGCUUUGAAUGACAAGUUAGAAUCCAUAAAAUUCUAUGAAAACGCCAUUUCACAGUUGCAAGCUCAAUUAAAUGAAGCUGAAGUAACGUUGAACGAAAUUAAUGAUGAGAAACGAAGGUUAGACUUAUUAUGUGAGGAAUUGCACACUCUAUACGAUCAGGUUAUCAUGCCGGAUAAUGAAGACUCUGCAUAUCUUUUUGAACAACAGCUGAAAAAAGAUGUACAACAGUUAAAUGAUGAUAUGCCUGCUAUAAAGGCGAAAUUACAGAAUUAUUCUAUUGCACAAUCUAAGCUUUACAAGGCUAGGGACUCAAUCGAAAAAGCCAUGAAGUCACUUCCUGGUGCAUCCACCUUCAUGGAUAGGCAAGCCAUCGUAGCUACCAACAGCAACAACAACAACAAAAAGUCGAAUGUGAAAGAGUACAAUCACAAAUUGUUCUCAAAGACGGCUUCACUUGCGAUAUCUUCUUCUCUACUUGUUGAUCCAAUAAAAAAUGCCGAUAUGAUCGCUCAAGAAGCAUACCGGCUCGUCAAAGAAGCAACAGAAUUGUUAUCAACUGUUGAAAGUGACCCUAUACCCAAUAUACCUGUCGUUAAAGCUACAAAUAAUGUAACAGACAGUAACAAUCAUUAUUACCAUCAUUACUACCAUCACAAUACAAAUACGAAUAAUGUCAUUUAUAUUUUAACCCAUUACCGAGGUUAUCGACUCAAAAUUGAAACCAUUUUAAGGACAAAAAUUAACCCACGACUCCAUCAACUCACAAAUCAGCUCUCUGCUACAAAAUAUCUCCAUGAGCAGAAACUGAUCGAAUGGAUUGAUUCUCAAAUAAUCAAUCUAGAAACUUAUUUGAAAGUCAAUGGCUUAUUGAGCCAUCAAGAGCAUUCUUUAUUAGACCGAGAUCUCAGUAGGUUAAGAGUGAGUUCGCGAGCAGCUAUUGCAGCCGUAGCAUCGGAGGAAAUCAAUCACGGAAGAAUGACAGUAGAUGAUGUGCUUGAUAUAACGAGAUUCAUCCAUAUUGAUGGAGAUGAAACAUUACCUGAGUAUGAUGAAUAUCAAUGCAGCAGCAGAAGGAAUGGUAUCGACAAUAUUGGCAGUAGUAAUGGCAGUAAUGGUACUAGCAGUAGUAGUGACAAUAUCAAUGAUAGAGAGGAGAGGAACAGAAACAGUAGUAAUCGACCUAGAAUGAAUUCAGUUGAUGCAGCAGCAACGGCCAAUCCAAUUAUGGCAACGGCUUGUGCAGCAGUUGCAAGAGUGGAGCCUUCCUCCUCUUCAUUAUACUACUCUAUUAUGAACAGCCGUGGUAGUGCUGAUGAACAGCCACAUGCAUACAGAAAUCUGUUGUUUCAACCGAAUUACCCAUCCGAUUCUCUUCCGCCUGCUUAUACGCGUUAA